CUGCAACGGCAUCUCUGUCGAAACAAAACAGCCCAAUAACUCCACAUUUGAUAUCAUUUCACCGCCAAACUUUUGGGAAAGAAGCACAGAAAUUAAAGAAUGGCAACAGAGGCGUCGGCGGAGGCCAUGGCAACCACGGCCGAGAAGUCACCCAUCACAUUGGAGCGCAAAGUUCGAAGCGAUCUGGACACCAAUCUCCCAAAGCCAUAUUUAGCGAGAGCUCUGGCGGCGCCGGAUUCGGAAAACAUCAAUGGAACAUGGAGCCACAAACACAAUGGAAUGUCUGUGCUUCAACAGCAUGUUUCAUUUUUCGAUCAAGACGACGAUGGCAUUAUCCGGCCAUGGGACACGUACCGAGGAUUUCGAGCUAUGGGAUUCAAUAUGAUUUUUUCGUUCUUCUUUAUGAUAUUUAUUCAUGGAGCUCUCAGUUAUGCGACUCUCUCGAGUUGGAUACCUUCUCCUUUCUUCCCAAUAUAUGUAAGAAACAUCCACAAGGCAAAGCAUGGAAGUGAUUCAGGGACCUAUGACACUGAAGGAAGGUUCAUUCCAGCACAGCUAGAGAAUAUAUUCAGCAAAUAUGGUGUGACUCAGGCAGACAAGCUUAGCUUCAAAGAACUGUGGCACAUGACCAACGCAAACCGUGAUAUUUUCGAUUUCUUUGGCUGGGCCGCAAGCAAGUUGGAGUGGGGAGCUUUGUAUGUUCUUGCAAAGGACGAAAAUGGGUUCUUAUCAAAGGAGGCUGUUAGGCGUUGCUUCGAUGGCACCCUCUUUCCUUACUGUGCCAAAAUGCAUCAAGGUGGUGUCGAUAAAUUCCGCUAGACUUCGGAUCAUUCUAGGAUUCAAAA